AAAACAAAAGAAGAAAGAUAUUUACAGAACCAAAAUUAACCAAAAAAAAAGAGAGAGAGAAAAGAAGAAAGCUCAUCAAUUUCGAUUCCAUCUUCUCUUUUCUCUCUGAAACCCUUACAUUUCAUAUUUUGGAUUCCCAUAACUUUCGAUCUUAUUCACCACAAACCCAUUUCAACCCCCCUCUCUCUCUCUCUCUCUCUCUCUCUCUCUCUCUCUCUCUCCUGCUUAUAUAUAUAGGCAGUCGAGUUUUUGUCCACAACCUUAGCUCCUUUUGCAAUUGCGAUUUCACCGCUUCGAAUUUCGUAGAUCUCCCAUGGCGUCCUCCUCCUCUUCGCAGCUUCGGCUCAUGUCAGAUCUUAAAGCCAUCAUUAACGAACCUACAGGGGGUUGCAGUGCUAGUCCCUUGUCCGAUGAUAAUAUUUUCGUGUGGAGUGCUACCAUUUUUGGGCCCGAUGAGACCCCCUGGGAAGGAGGCGUUUUCAGUUUGAGAUUGACAUUCGGCAAUAAUUAUCCCGAAAAACCUCCACGAGUUCGAUUUACCUCCGAAAUGUUUCACCCUAAUGUUUAUCAUGAUGGUACACUGUGUAUGGAUAUAAUUCAGGAUGCAUGGUCACCCUGCCACAAUGUCUCGACAAUUUUAACGUCUGUUCAGUCACUUCUAACUGAUCCUAAUCCCGCAAGUCCUGCAAAUCCUGAGGCUGCUCAACUGUAUCAACAUGAUAUUCAGGCUUACAACAAGUAUGUAAAAAGUACACUAAUUGGUCAUAUUCUCCUUAAUUUCAUAAUUUAAUUUUGCUAAAACUAACAACACCUUGUGGAAAUUUGCAGGAGAGUUCGUCGCUGUGCUCGUCGUUCCAUAGAAUCUUCAUAAAAUCUCAAUGAAAUUCUUACGCUGUCUCUGCAACUGAUCGAACUAGGCUUGCUAUGGUCUGAUGCCUACCCUCGUCUUUCUUCUCUUCAUCUCCUCACAAAAUGUUCUGCUUCUGCUUCAUUGUUUUAAUUUUUAUAGGUUUUUUCCCCUUCUUUCCCUUUCCCUGUUACAUUUUGCUUUAAUAGUUACAUUUUGUCAAUAUCAUAUGAGAGAGAAUGUUUAAUUGUAAAUUAGAAGAUCUCUUAAUCUUCACAACUGAUAAUAAUAUAAACAGAAAUUUAAAUUUA